UACAGACGGAUGCUGAAGGGAAAGUUGUUGCUAAGAGGCGCAGAUCUUUUUCUCACUCUCAUUGACAUUUCAACUCCACUUCGGUAGGCAGAUUCUAAUCCGGACCUACACCUUUCUCUUUCGGCACAGAGGGAAGGAAAAACAUAUUUUGGAGAGAAGGGGCGAUUUUUGCCCAGACCGGAUACGGGUGACACGCCGCUGCUGCCUUCAGUCCGGGAUACCCCCUCCGUCUCCGCAGAAGACCACUGGAAACUAAUUUUUCCUCGUUUAAACUUCCAGAGAGAGACUGAUUCUGGUCGCCUUUUUUCCCAUUUUUCCUUUUUCUUUUCUUUUUUAUCCCUCCUGCUUUGGUUUGGAGAACGAGACUGUUGUAAAUUAAAAUAAGGACUUGGGAAGAGACGCAGGAUGCCCCAAAAAGGGAGACAUUAAGUAGUGCAAACGGCAGAUGAUUGACUAAAUUGUUAGAGAGUGGACAGUCAACUCUGUUUCCAGAAUACCACAACCAAGCCACGUGGGAGUCUGGCGUAGCCUCAAUGAUGCAGAACAAGGUGUAUGACAUCAGUGAUGAAGGUCACAGUGGCGUGAACCAGCUUGGUGGUGUUUUUGUCAAUGGCAGACCGCUGCCGGAUUCCACCAGACAGAAAAUAGUUGAACUUGCUCACAGUGGUGCUCGACCCUGCGACAUCUCCAGGAUACUACAGACCCAUGAUGAAGUCCAAGUGCUGGACAGUGAAAAGGUGUCCAACGGUUGCGUGAGCAAGAUCCUGGGCAGAUAUUAUGAAACGGGCUCCAUAAGACCGAGAGCGAUCGGCGGCAGCAAGCCUAGGGUCGCCACACCGGAGGUGGUCGCCAAAAUCGCGCAGUACAAGCGGGAGUGUCCGUCUAUCUUCGCCUGGGAGAUCCGCGACCGGCUCCUGUCGGAGGGGAUCUGCACCAACGACAACAUCCCCAGCGUGUCAUCAAUAAACAGAGUCCUUCGCAACCUGGCUAGUGAAAAGCAACAGAUGGGCGCAGAUGGCAUGUAUGACAAGCUGAGAAUGCUCAACGGUCAGACAGGAACCUGGGGGACCCGGCCCGGCUGGUACCCCGGAACAUCGGUGCCAGGACAGCCCAACCAAGACGGCUGCCAACAACAGGACGGAGCGGGAGAAAACACCAACUCCAUCAGCUCCAACGGGGAGGACUCCGAGGAGACGCAGAUGCGCCUGCAGCUCAAGAGGAAGCUCCAGAGAAACCGCACGUCCUUUACGCAGGAGCAGAUCGAGGCUCUGGAGAAAGAAUUUGAAAGAACUCACUAUCCAGAUGUUUUUGCGCGAGAAAGACUGGCAGCGAAAAUAGACCUUCCCGAGGCAAGAAUACAGGUAUGGUUCUCAAAUAGAAGAGCAAAGUGGAGGCGAGAGGAGAAGCUGCGGAACCAGCGUCGGCAGGCCAACAACUCCUCCAGCCACAUCCCCAUCAGCAGCAGCUUCAGCACCAGCGUUUACCAGGCCAUCCCACAGCCCACCACGCCAGUGUCUUUCACCUCGGGGUCAAUGCUGGCCAGACCUGACUCUGCACUCACAAACACCUACAGCGCGCUGCCGCCCAUGCCCAGCUUCUCCAUGGCAAACAAUCUACCUAUGCAACCCAGCCAGACCUCCUCUUAUUCCUGCAUGCUGCCUACCAGUCCGCCUGUGAAUGGGCGGAGCUACGACACAUACACGCCCCCUCAUAUGCAGGCACAUAUGAACAGCCAAUCAAUGACCACUUCUGGUACCACCUCAACAGGACUCAUCUCUCCUGGAGUGUCUGUCCCUGUCCAGGUCCCGGGGAGUGAACCCGACAUGUCUCAGUACUGGUCAAGACUACAGUAGAGAGAAGAGCUACUUCACCCUGUAAGCACCCAGUCCACCAUGGCCCUCCGGCAGCGCAGAGUAGUGAAGGCAACGAGGGGCAGGGGGGUGGGGGGGUGAGGAGAGGUUACAGACACAGAAGGAAGAGAGGAAGAAAGAGCGGGACAAACUCUGGGAGAGCUUUGGGACGCUUGGGCUUGGUUUUUCCAGUGGGACCGUGUGCUGUUAUGUAGACCUGGGCUCAUUCAAACAAGGACUUGCAAGAGAAACCAACAAUGGCAAGCCAGGAAAAAAAAAAUACAAAAACAAAAGACAUGGACCUCUGUAAAGUGCCCGGUGUUACAUUUUUAUGGAACAAAAAAAAAAAAUCUUAUCUGUUUGUUUAUUUUCUAUUUCCAACUCCAGUCAUUGUUUCCUUUUUUUCUCUGAUGUGUUUGUAAAUGGCCAUUUGUAUGUUAAUAUAAAAGGAAAAAAAAACAAGAUCAAGAACUGAUAGACGGACUGCUAGAAAACCAUGUUGGUUUUGCGUUUUGUUUCCGAGCGGAGAAGCUGGGAGAUUCUGCCAUGACUAUCUUUGAACCUGCUUAUAUCGAGACUUUCUACCAGCCUUUGCAUGGUCUCUGGACAUUAUUGCAUAUCAUUAAAGAUGAAAAGCUGGAGGGAAGACUCUUACUGUGACACACAAAAAAGAAAACUAUUUAUUGGUCUUAUUUCUUACGAAUGGAUCUUUAGAGAAGGAAGCUCAAUCUCGAACCACUCACCGAGGCUGCGGUCUUGCCUCCUCUGGCCUGCAUUUGCUUUCCUAAUAGACACGGAUCACUAUUGGUGCAUAGACGAUUUAACAGUGCAACGCAACCUGUGCUUCUGUGGUUGGAUUGACUCGAGGUUUCCGCCAAGAACAUUACCCGUGGAGAACAGGUGUAAACGGUUACCUGUAGUCUGUAAAUGGUAGACCGCGUCUUUGAUAUAAUCCAGUUUGUUUAUGUCAAAAUGUAAAGUACUUGUCUUCCCCAGAAAUCUGCCAGAAAGAUUUCUCCAAUAAAAGUUGAUUUCAUUAAUACCCCCCUCCUCCAGAAUAUUCUAUAAAUGUUCCAUGCAUCAUGAAAAAAAAACCAUUUCUUUAGGGUCAGGUACAAUUUGUCUCUUAGGUAUAGUUGUAAUAUAGUGUCCUAUGGUCAAAAAAUGUGCAACUAGAAAUAUUUAAUUCCUAUAAUUAUGAUUAAACAUUGCUUGACAGAGUUUUAAACUUAAGUGUUUGGCAGUUGUUUACAAGUACAUAUCAGAUUUAAUCAUUGUUGAUUGUAAAACAGACCAAAGCCUUUGUAUUUCAUCUACACAAUGUUCUUUUUUUAUUUUUAAGAUUUUAGUCUUGUGUUACAAAAUUUUGUAACCACGUUUUUGUUCUAUUACAUUGGCUUCGAGAUCGUACGAUUGCAGUUAAACGCUGCAGUCCUUAUUUAUAAUUAAAGACCAUGGGAGGGUUUUUCUAGCAUCAUCUGUCAUGCUCUCUUGAGUUUUGCAAUUUUAUUUCAGUGUGUACGUAGAACAUGGACACAUACUGGGUUUAUGUCCGAGCAUUGCUUCUGAGAUAAAACAAAACAAGUCUACACACUGUCUCUUUAAAUAUUUCAAUUUAAUUUUAUUUAAAAAGGAGCUUUUUAAAUGUAUUUUGUGAAAACUAUAAAACAUUUUGUACAGUAAAAUUGUGUCUCAAAGAAA